CCUAAUUCUGUGUUCUCUUUAAAACACCGGCUGGUUCUCUUGUUAUUUGCGCUGUGAGAAGAGCCGUUUCUUCCACUGUACACAUCACAGGCGCCUCUUCUGCUGUGUCAUGCCAGCAGAUUUAUUUUUAGCCAAUUUUCUGAAAGGCAGACUGGAACCUACCAUCCUAUACAUGGGGCAGAGAGAAACAGGGAGUUGGGGAAAGUUGGGGAGGGGCUUACGGUUCGGCUGACCUGACAGCUGUUAGGACUAAAGGAAGCAACCCAUGGAAGCAGCCCACGCACCACAUCACACUCAGGACACACCCUGCCUAUGAUACAGUGUAGUACAGUGCGGUGGACAAGAGGAGUUAGAGGGACGGUGGGAGUUUGCAUAACAGUGUACAGGCAGCCACAGCCUGUACAGAGGGAGGGAUGGGAAUGCUGAAUCAGUGAAAACUGCAUGAAAGCCUGGGAGAGGGUGGAAGAGGGUAAACGGCAGGGGGAGAGGGAAGAGGAAAGGUAACAGCCAGGGUAGACUGGUGUUGUCUACAAUGUACCCGGUGACAUCAGCACUGGAGAAACUGAUACCUCCCACUGAGUGAAACAAGAGGGAAAUCAAAUUUGGUUUGACAUCAUUUGACAUGGAUGCAUACUGAAUGAAAAGAGAUACAGAUGGUGUAUUAAUAGAGAAAAUGCAAACCAAUCUGUGCAUGUGAUCUCUUCAAACUGGAUGCAUGAUAUAAUAUAGGACUGAAAAAUUACAUAAAUCAGCUGCAUACACUUUUCUUGCACUUUUUCCUCUGCCAGCUCACAGUCAGAUGGAGGUAGAGGAGGUGGUGUGUCUGCCAAAGUUGACCCGGGUCGCUGUGUGCGGCGGUACCCAUGGCAACGAGCUGUCCGGGGUGUACUUGGUGAGAGAGCUGCUGAAGGCGCAGCAGAAGAGGGAGGAGGAAGAGCCUAUGACAGUGAUGAUGGUGCUGUCGAACCCGCGGGCCAUGCUGCAGUGCCGCAGAUACAUCGACACCGACCUGAACCGCUGCUUCACCCACGCCAUCCUCAACGGUCCUGAAUCAGACAUGGCCCCCUACGAGAUGAUCAGGUCCCGAGAACUGAACGCCAUGCUGGGUCCCAAAGGGAGUCCUGAGGCAGUGGAUUUUGUUUGCGACCUCCACAACACCACUGCCAACAUGGGCCUGUGCCUCAUUGCGUACUCUGACAGUGACUGGAUCUGCCUGCACAUAUUCAGAUACCUGCAGAGGCAGAUGCCAGAUACACCAGUUAGGUACAUCCAUUUUGACGUCUCCCAUAAAGAAUCAUAUUCCCUAGAUUCAGUGGGGAAACAUGGAUUUGCCAUUGAGAUCGGCCCUCAGGCCCACGGUGUGGUCAGGUCAAACGUCUACACAGCCAUGAAACUCGGCGUCCAACACAUGCUCGAUUGGAUCCGUUCAUUCAACUCAGGUGCUACUUUUGAAGGAGGAUGCGUGGAGGUGUUCACCAUGGUUAAACACAUCGACUAUCCGAGAGACAAAGAGACUCGACACAUCACAGCAGCAAUUCAUCCUCAACUCCAGGACCGAGACUUCUGCCUGCUCCACCCUGAAGACCCUCUGUUUCAGACUUUCUCAGGUGAAACGCUGAGGUAUAAAGGGCGCGAACCUCUUUAUCCCUUCUUCAUCAAUGAAUGUGCUUAUUACGAGAAGGGCAUCGCUCUCUCCCUGGCAAGAAAGAGGUGUGUGAUGAUCCCUGCGGUCCGGGUGCAGACAGAGCAGGAGCAACAACAAGCUAACGAACAGGGAUUUGCAUCAGAAGAAGAAGAGGACUGAGAAACACCCGAUAUGGACAGUGUUUGAUAGUGUGAGUCCACGUGAUACAGGCGAUACAGACUGAUGUGACUAUGAAAUAAAUUUUUAAAAAGCUUUUAUUGAAAUGACAGCAGUUGCUUGGGGAAACACGCACAAAUGCAUGUGUUUAAGUUGGCGUACACUCACACACGAUAUUUAAGUGGACAAUUAACCAUUUCAGCUCUCAACUGGAGAAUGUACGACACAUUCACGGUAGAUUCACAAAAGCACAGUCAUAGAGCGAUAUUGUGACAUUUAGUGGAUUCAAAGACAGAACCAUUUCUUGUAUAUUUGAAGGCUGAAUAUGUAAAAUACAAUCUGAUUUAUCAUGAGACCUUUCAGACCACACACGGUGCAUGAUAUCACAGGCAUUCUCAAGUUUUAUGAAACCUUGUGAGUGUUGGCGAUUUAUAUAUUUACGGAGACAUAUAGCAUGGUUCUUUGGGUAAGAAUAGGGCUUUUUUCAAAAUUCAUUCAAUAACUGGGACAUUUCGAUUGUCAAAAAAUAUAAAUUCACUACUGACCACUACUGCAAUAUUUAGGAUAUGUUCAGAAAUAAUUUAAGUGCAAAGGAAUACAGUAGCUUAUAACAAUAUGGCCUUUAAAGUACAUUCAUAAUGCCUAACAGGGAAAAAUGAUCUCCCUUAAAUCCUAUUCUGUCAGUUCAUUUGAUUGUAUAUUUUUUCCCAGAAUGAUGAUAACAAAUAGGAAUUAAUAAUAAAAAAAAACAUCAAGGAACAAAUACAAAUCAAAUUAAUGACACUAAACACAACUGAAUUCAUAUAAGGAAGUGGAAACUUGUACGAAAUUAAAAUUAUAUGAGCAUGUGAGGUCAACAAAACACAAAAUGGUAAAGGACUAUGUUGAAUAAAUAAGGACUUUUUCAUGUUUUCUACAAAAGCCUACAAAAUCAUUUAAAAAUAUGCUUAAAUAAACAAAACAAUGCAUUGGGUACAAAAAUUAUAAACAUGAACACAGUCUGACCUCAACAACUGUCAGAAAUAAAUCAAUGUCACUUAAGUUUAAAAAAAAUGUGAACAGGAAUGUAAAUCUUUUGUAACGACAGACUCAUAUUGGUCAUUGUCUCUCUCGCUGUACUCUUCAUUGUUCCCAUUAUUUUAAAACCGUUGAUGUAAAAGACUACACACAACGGAAAACCUCUGUCAUAAUAAAUACCUUAUGGUUGCGUAAAAGGUUUUUGUGUGCUCAGGGUGUCCCCUGCACCUGGACUUGUCUGGUAUUUUUUCAGGUGCAACAGUGUACGUCACCACACCCAACUAUGGGCGGGUUGUGACGGCAUGUCAAGGUCAGAAAAAAUUUCAACCAGCACCAAGCACACCAAUUGACGCACGUCCAAUCAAUUAGUGUCUUUAGAAGACAACUGCCAGCUAAACUUAAAGACAUGUUAAAUAUGUUUAGCAUUUCAUUUUUUGUUUUCCAAGUGUGCACAACUGAAUCAGAUAUUUGGAGCCUUAGUAGCUCCUCCAUUUCUUUUUUGUAUAGUACUGUGGGAUAAAAGAAGACAUAUUUAAAGCCCCCUGAGGCAAAUUUGUGGUAUUGAGCUAUAUUAAUAAAAAAUAGACUUAAUUUGGCUUGACACCAUAUUCAGAAAUCAAGUAAAUUUAGGUGUAUACUUAGCAUAAAUCUGAUUUAUUACAACUUUUGUGUUAUUUUCAUUCAUCUGGCCACCAUUUCUUCUGGUUAUGAUAACAAAGGAGAGAUAAAAUUCCAAACCACAUAUCUAUAAACAGAUGUUUCAAUCCCUGUUGUUGAUCUUUGUCACCUCAAAAUGUUUAAAAAUAGGAAAGGGUAUUUUUAUUAUGAUAGCAUUGUACUGUGAACAAUGUACACACAGAACUAGACCAACUGGUAGGUCAAUGUUGAAGCAGGGAGUCUGAAAACCAAGAGAGUUUUCACUCUCUGAAAACUUUUACCAUUAAAGAUUCCUCCAGAAAUGUUGAGGGACAUAAUAAUAAUAAUAAUAAGCUGCUUUCAAUAAUAACGUAUGUCUGAAAUGGUCUUUCCACACACACACAAAAAUCAAUUAACUAGUUAAAAACUUUUAUACACACAUCUAUUCCUUCUUCCUCAUCCCUAAAGUCAGUAUAUGUGCACUUGAGGUUUCAAAUUUCCACAUCACACUUGUGUAAGUUGCGUACUGGACCACGAUUGGCUACAAGCUAGUUGUGAUGUCACA